CCGGAGGAGCGGCGGGGGCGGGGGCCGGCAGAGGCGCGGGAGACCGCGCGGCCGGCCCUUUAUAGCGCGCGGGGCACCGGCUCCCCCAGACUCUGGGCUCCCCGCUCCACCUCGCACUCCCUCUGGCCGGCUCUGCAGCCAACCUCCUCAGCCCCCGGGAAGCCACGAAACUCUUUCGAUCUCGCCUCCAGCUCGUGGACAUGGCGACACUUGCCUGGCCCCCGGUCCCGCGCCCCGAGACCGCCGUCACUCUGACGUUCCUGCUCGGCUGGGUCUUCGCCCAGGUGGCCGGCGCUACAGGCACUGCAGAUACUGUGGCAGCAUAUAAUUUAACUUGGAAGUCAACUAAUUUCAAGACAAUUUUGGAGUGGCAACCCAAACCCAUCAAUCAUGUCUACACUGUGCAGAUAAGCACUAAGUCAGGAGACUGGAAAAACAAAUGCUUUCACAUAACAGACACAGAGUGCGACCUCACCGACGAAAUAGUGAAGGACGUCAACCAGACGUACUUGGCGCGGGUCCUCUCCUACCCGGCAGGGGAUGUGGGUAGCGCCGGUUCUGCAGGGGAGCCUCUGUUUGUGAACUCCCCAGAGUUCACACCUUACCUGGAUACAAACCUCGGACAGCCAGCAAUUAAGAGUUUUGAACAAGUCCAGACAAAACUGAAUGUGACAGUGCAAGAUGCGCGGACUUUAGUCAGAAUAAAUGACACAUUCCUAAGCCUCCGGGAUAUUUUUGGCAAGGACUUAAUUUAUACACUUUAUUACUGGAGAGCUUCAAGUACGGGAAAGAAAACAGCCAAAACAAACACUAAUGAGUUUUCAAUUGAUGUGGAUAAAGGAGAAAACUACUGUUUCAAUGUUCAAGCGGUGAUUCCAUCCCGAAAAGCUAACCCCAAGAGUGUAGAGAGCACCAUCGAGUGUACCAGCCAUGAGAAAAGGGAUUUCAGAGAAAUGUUCUUUAUCAUUGGAGCUGUGGUAUUUGUGGUCAUCAUCCUUGUCAUCAUCCUGGCUGUAUCUCUACACAAGUGCAGAAAGGCAAGAGUGGGGCGGGGCUGGAAGGAGAACUCUCCGCUGAAUGUUGCAUAAAGGAAGCAGCGUUGGCGCUACUGCAAAGGCUGUGUUGCACUGUGAGAACUUUUAAGAGAAUAGAAUACGUGGAAACACAAAUGAGUAUUUCAGAGCAGAAGACCCUGGAAUUCAAAAAAAGCUCUUGAUAUGACCUGUUACUACCAUUAGCAUUCUGGUUUUGCCAUCAGCAUUAGCCACUUUGAAAUGUCACAAACGGUACUACAACCAAUUCCAAGUUUUAAUUUUUAACACUAUGGCACCUUUUGCACAUAUACUUUAGAUUAUAUAUUCCGCACUUAAGGAGAAACCAUGGCAUCCAAGCAAAAACGAAUGACCAAACGCCUUAAAAAAUCCUGCGUGGACUUUUUGAAAAGCUUUUGAGAGGCUGACUUCAAUUCAUGUAGGAAAGUAAAAUGGAAAUUGGGUGAAUUUCUGGGACUUUUCUAACAUACGUAUGUCUGUAAUAUGGUGUUUAGGUUCUUUUUUUUGAGAGUGUAUUUGGAAAUUCAGAACAAUGGGCAAACUUUUGUAGGAAUGUUACGGAUGGGAGACAUCGGUAUUUUGGGCACCUCCCUAAUAUGUUUCCAGUCUGAACUUUAACUGACUUAAGUGGUAUUAAACCUUUGAGAGCUAACUAUAUUUUUAUAAGACUACUGUACAAACUAGAGUUUAUGAUUUAAGGUACUUAAAGCUUCUAUGGUUGACAUUGUUUAUAUAUAAUUUUUAAAAAAUAUUUUGUAUGUGGGGAUUUUCUAUUUAUGUAGAUAAUAUUGUUCUAUUUGUAUAUAUUGAGAUAAUUUAUUUAAUAUACUUUUAUAUAAAUAAAGGUGACGGAAUCGUUA